CCUUCUUUUCCUUCUUUUUCUUUCAUCCUAUAGAAAGUCCGAUAUCAUAUCGUAUCAUUCAUGUCCUCUACAAAGACCCGUUUGUCGGCCUUGCUCGGCCAUCUUCGCCCGGGGCCUCACGCUGAAAGUACAGAUGCCUCGGGCCAGCUUAUUCAUAAUUUCAAUAGACACAAUGUGUCGCCUACGUUUUUCCUGCAGCGUGCGGCUAGUAUCGAGCCUGAUGCACCCGCCAUCUACCAUAUAACGGCAAACAAGAAAGUCCUUCGGAGAACAUACAUCGAGACCGCAGACCGUGCCCGGGGCCUCGCAUAUUACCUCAAGAAACACGGGUUAAAGAGAGUCGGGAUCCUGAGUCCGAACACGCCUGCAUUCCUGGAGACCAUCUUCGCUGUCCCUGCCGCUGGGGGGAUUAUUGUCCCCGUCAACUAUCGCCUGAAGCCAGAAGACGUCGCCUAUAUCUUCACCCACGCCGAAGUGGACGUCAUCAUCGCCGACGAAGAGUUCCUGAACCUCCUCGACGCCUUCAGACUGGACAAACCGCAUAUCCCUAUAAUCGUCGACACGGACACGGAUGCUGUCCAAGGGGAAUUGUCGGGUCCGUUUGACGAUGCCGUGCUCGAGGGGUUGACGUAUGACACGGUGACCGGUGGGAAGGGGUGGGAUGGACUCAACGUCCAUCCUGCUGACGAGAAUGCAAUAAUUGCUCUCCCGUAUACGAGUGGGACAACUGCACGGCCAAAGGGCGUCGAAUAUACCUAUCGUGGUUGCUAUCUUGCCGCGUUGGCGAAUAUCAUUGAGUCAGGGCUUAAUUUUCAACAUAAGCGUUGUCGGUAUCUGUGGACGCUGCCUAUGUUUCAUGCAAUUGGCUGGACAUUCCCCUGGUCCGUCACAGCCGUCCGAGGAACGCAUUACUGCCUCCGCAAGAUCGACUACCCCGAGAUCUGGCGAUUGCUGAAACAAGAACACAUAACCCACUUCAACGCCGCACCAACAGUCAACACGCUCCUCUGCAACGCGGCAGAGGCCGAGAAACUCCCCGAACCAGUUCGAGUCACGGUCGCAGCCAGCCCGCCGACUCCCCAUCUCUUUGAGCAAAUGACGAACCUCAACUUACACCCCGUGCACGCCUACGGGCUAACGGAAACCUACGGACCCAUCACCAAGGGCUACUAUCUUGCCGAAUGGGACACGCUGUCUCCACAUGAGAAGUAUCGGAGGAUGGCCCGGCAGGGACACGGGUUCAUCACCAGUCUUCCUGCGCGGGUGAUCAAGACUGAUGUCCCUGAGGGUGUUAUCGUGGAUGUUAAACAGGACGGGAAGGAGAUCGGUGAGAUUGCUUUCACGGGUAAUAUCUGUUCGAAGGGGUACUAUAAAGAUGUCGAGGCUACUCGCAAGCUCUUUGCGGGAGGAGUGCUUCACUCGGGUGAUUUGGCCGUUUGGCACCCCGACGGGGCGAUUCAGAUAUUGGAUCGAUCCAAGGAUAUUAUUAUCAGUGGUAUGUAGAUUUUACAUGCAUACCAAAAUCUAUCCUGGCUCAGACGAGGCACAAUCACUGACUCUAAACUCAGGCGGCGAAAACAUCUCCUCCGUCGCCCUGGAAUCCAUGCUAGCCGAGCACCCUGAUAUCCUGGAAGCCGGUGUUGUCGCCGUCGCGGACUCCCACUGGGGCGAACGCCCCAAGGCCUUCAUCACGGUGAAAUAUGGAAAGAAACUCGAGGGCAAAGAUGUAAUCGAAUGGGCCAAGCAUGUGAGCGGGAUCAGCAAGUUCAUGGUCCCUCGGGAGGUUGAGAUUGUGGACGAACUCCCCAAGACUAGCACGGGGAAGCUCAAGAAGAAUGUUCUUCGAGAGUGGGUGAAGGGGGACCGGAGUGCGAAAUAGAGAUAAUGUAUAGUUAUAUAAGUUUGAUUUCUUUGAUUGGGUCGUGUUUGAGAUCUCCUGGAUAUUGCGCAGUCUGGUUGGACAAGUGUAUAUGCCUGUAGAUAGUUGUCCAUUAGCCGGAAGCCCUGUUUUAUGGUUAUUAUUGCAAUGUGCACGUACCGGACUGCCACGGGUUGAGAACACGGGAAGCUCUCUGUUUACUGCUCAUCCCCGAAGAAACUCAGUACAUUUCUCUUCAAGAUAUGCCAUCUACCAUAGACAGGUAAGCAGUUAAAAUCAUCAUCCAAAGGAAAGUGAGCAAACAAACUCAUCCAUAGACAACUGCUCCAGGCCCUCUGGACCCGGAAAAAGCGCAUCAGCCGUGCUGGCCAUAUGAAAGCCUGACGGCUGCUGCUGUAGCUGUUGUAGCUUUGUUGGCUGUUUCUUGGAUUUUGUCAUCCAUGGAUGAUUGGAGGGUUCUGAUGACGUUGAGCUGAUAGCAUGAAGAGGGUCAGGUAUGAAAUGCAGUAAUCAACCAUCCAAAGCUGUUAUAUAUAUACAUUUUGCGAGAUAUGAAGCCAUGUAUUUGGCAUACGGC